AUUCAUCUGUUCUGUGUGUGAGAAAGGAUUCUGUCGGGCAUCCCACCUGUGGACACACCGCUCAGAUGACACUGGGCAGAGCUGGUCAUCUGCUGAAUUUCGGGGAAGGGAUUCUCUCGGUCAUCUGACCUAAUGGCACACCAACGUGUUCACACCAGGGGGCAGGCAUUCACCUGCACAGUCUGUGGGAAGGGAUUCACUGCGUCAUCCAACCUACAGAGACAUCAGAGAGUUCACACUGGGGAGAAGCCAUUCACCUGCUCAGUCUGUGGGAAGGGAUUCACUCAGUCAUCCCACCUACAGAGUCAUCAGCGAGUUCACACUGGGGAGAAGCCGUUCAUUUGCUCAGUCUGUGGGAAGGGAUUCACUCAGUCAUCCCAACUACAGAGUCAUCAUCGAGUUCACACUGGGGAGAAGCCGUUCACCUGCUCAGUCUGUGGGAAGGGAUUCUCUCAGUCAUCCAACCUACAGAAUCAUCAGCGAGUUCACACUGGGGAGAAGCCAUUCACCUGUUCAGAAUGUGGGAUAGGAUUCACUCAGUCAUCCCAACUACUGGCACAUCAGUCAGUUCAUAAUGGGGAGUGGCCAUUCACCUGCUCAGUCUGUGGGAAGGGAUUCACUCAGUCAUCCCACCUACAGAGUCAUCAGCGAGUUCACACUAGAGAGAAGCCGUUCACCUGCUCAGUCUGUGGGAAGGGAUUCACUCAGUCAUCCCAACUACAGAAUCAUCAGCGACUUCACACUGAGGAGUGGCUGUUCACCUGCUCAGAAUGUGGGAAAAGAUUCACUCAGUCAUCCACCCUACUGAGUCACCAGCGAGUUCACACUGGGGAGAAGCCGUUCACCUGCUCAGAAUGUGGGAAAAGAUUCACUCACUCAUCCACCCUACAGAGACACCAGCGAGUUCACACUGGGGAGAGGCCAUUCACCUGCUCAGUCUGUGGGAAGGGAUUCACUCGGUCAUCCAUCCUACAGAGUCAUCAGCGAGUUCACACUGGGGAGAAGCCGUUCACCUGCUCAGUCUGUGGGAAGGGAUUCACUCAUUUAUCCAGCCUACAGAGUCAUCAGCGAGUUCACACUGGGGAGAGGCCAUUCACCUGCUCAGACUGUGGGAAGAGUUUCACUCGGUCAUCCCAACUACUGGCACACCAGUCAGUUCAUACUGGGGAGAAGCCGUUCACCUGCUCAGUCUGUGGGAAGGGAUUCACUCGGUCAUCCCACCUACAGAAUCAUCGGCGAGUUCACACUGGGGAGAAGCCAUUCAUCUGCUCAGAAUGUGGGAAGGGAUUCACUCGGUCAUCCACCCUACUGAGUCACCAGCGAGUUCACAUUGGGGAGAGGCCGUUCUCCUGCACAGUAUGUGGGAAGGGAUUCACUCGGUCAUCCACCCUGCAGAGACACCAGCGAGUUCACACUGGGGAGAGGCCAUUCACCUGCUCAGUCUGUGGAAAGGGAUUCACUCAGUCAUCCAGCUUACAGAGUCAUCAGCGAUUUCACACUGGGGAGAGACCGUUCACCUGCUUAGACUGUGGGAUAGGAUUCACUCGGUCAUCACAACUACUGGCACACCAGUCAGUUCACAGUGGGGACUGGCCGUUGUUAUGAAUCCCUGGGUUUUGUUUGAUGUGGACUGUCAUUUUAAGAGAGAGAGACAGGGAUUAGGAUGCCAACUCAGUCUGACUUGCUGCUUGUUUUCAUUGCUCGCAGCUUGUUUAG